CUGCACUUGUUCAGUUGUUUGUUUUUUAUCAAAGUCGUCUACUCUACUUUCUCUUCCCAGAAUCUAUUUGACAGAAUUGGAAUUUCCAAAGGAAUUGUGCAAUUAGCAGAAUUUCAAGGGAAUUUCCGAUAAAUGUAGAAAUGGAAUCUUUAGCUGAUUCUACGUGUAAUCUUGCAAUUAAGGAAGUACAAGCAAGUUUAGACGACGAAGAUGCCGAUAUAAUUUUGAAAACAAACGAUGGGACGUUGAAAGCUCACAAAUUCGUUCUCAGGGGUUGCCCAUAUUUUGCAGCAAUCGUCGAUGGAAACUGGAGGGAAAGUCAAGCCUCGAUCAUCACCUUGGAUAUAUUCUCGUACAAGUCAGUAAGAUUUGUUGUUGAGCAUAUCUACAAAGCAAAGGAAUCAAUUGACAGUACCCAAAAUUUAGGAGAACUUGUUGCAUUAGUAGAUAUGCUUGAUCUACAGUCUCUUUUAAAACUGGUUUGUUCAACCAUUAUUCUUAAAAUUUGCCACAAUUUUCACAAGCCAUGCAAGGAUUGUAUAGAUGGUGUAAUGUGUAGUUUUCAGUUGUCAUCCACAUACCAUCUAUCAGAUGUUCAAACCAAAUGUUUGGAAUGGAUUACCAAGCAUUUCAUUAAAACCUGGAAUUCAAGACCAUUUUCCAACCUUCCUGAACAACUUCAGCAGAAUUGUCUGCAAUCUCUCAAAAUGUCCAUGAAUGUUGAAAACAUCAUCGACUUAACUCUGCAAUCUCAGCAACUACAGGAAAUGCUCCCUUUAGUUAAGUGGGCGGAACCCGUCAAUGUUCUUGUAAAAGAUCUCUCGAAUUCUUGUUCAGCAUUCACCCAACAACAUUUUUCUGACAUUCUUCUUUCUGCAAAAUUUAAAUCGCUGGGCCAAGAGGAUACGUGGAGCUUGAGUCGCGUUGAAACUAUUAUCCUUGAAGCAGCCGCCAAUUUACCUGUUGAGCAAGCGUGUUUGUCUUACUUGGCACUCGAAAAAAUUAUGGACGAUCUGCUCAAGGCUGACGAAAUUCGACAACCCCCGGAUCCAGCUUAUGUUGAAUUCAUCAAGACACUCCAGAAAGCAGUUGAAAAUCGUCUAAUACAGCGAGUUGGCAUGGCAACAAAAUGUUCUGCGUGGGAUGCUAUCCCGAAACCCAAACAAAUUAGCAUAAUGCAGAUGGGAUUUUUUGACCCUAUUGAUCCAAAAUAUUCAUCCGAUAAGCAGAACCCAAGACGUAAUGUAGGAAGAAAUCAUUGCUCGAACACUACCACUCCCAUAAAUGUUGCAGUGCCGAAUACUCGUGCUCCCAGGGUGGCUUUACCAAUUGAUCCUUUUCGACGUACUACUUUGCGAUCUACCGUACACGGCGAAAGAAAUGCAAGCACUUCACAGGCUGUCGGCAGAACACCAGGAGCUUUGUCUGCAUCAGGAACAAGUGUUCAGCAAUUAAACCGAAGAGUGCCAGCUGUGUCAGUCAGCAGAUCUCAGUCGGCUCGGACUCCUAAUGUGGGAACUUCUCGAACCACUACUAGUCGAUCAACUAGCAAUCAAGUCGCUUCAAGCCAGAGAUCGGUAAAUUCAACAGUACCACGGACCCCAAUAAUUCGAUAAUUAAUAUAUCGUGCAUUUACCAAAAUCAGCGGUGUAAGUACCGUUGCGCCAAUUUUCGAAGAAUUUCGUGUACUUUCAUGUGCUCAAAUUAUUCUUUUUCACGUCUUUCCUACACAGUCAUUAAUACUUUUUCAUUCGUAUUAAUGUUUUGUUAGCAAAUCCGUUUAGUUCAGUUAUUCGCUUCGUAUCACUAGUCACGCACUGCGGUAAUAAGUUAUCUAUUUCACACGCCAAAGAUUUACGGGAAAGAAGGGUUCUUAGUACGUACAUGAAAUGUUGAAAUUUAUCGACAAUCAAAGUAAAGACAAUAAAUUUAGCCUCUUAUAAUUUUCAUUUUAUUUCGUACAUUUCCAUAACUUUGAAUAUUCGUACUUAUAACGUGUGCCGAUAAAUGAAAGGAAACAAAUACAUUAACGGCUGACCAUACGAGAAAACCAUAAAUUCGCAAAAGGCACUGAAGGUAUUUGGACUUGUUGAAUGCCAAGUUUGCUUGCCAAGUUUGGCAUAAACAAAUAACAUGAAGUGAAAAAUACGUAUUGCAUAAAAGUGUUGCGUCCCUAUAUGGUAGACUCCCUACAUGUGUCGUAUGUGAUCCCGAAUAAAGCACAAGUAUCGAAAGUGAGGAAAAGGAAAUGUGCAAUCUGCUACUAACUUAUUGG